AUGUCAAAACUCAUUUGCACUAACUCAAUCGAUACUAGUUCUCUCAGUGAUUUUCAAUAUGAAACUUUUAAUUGUGAAAAAUUUAAUAAUCAUGCUAAUAAAUGUCAGUCAUGCAAACAAAAAUUAGUAGUCGAUGGCAAAGACGCAGUGGAUGAUACAUGUCAGAUAAUCACCAUUUUGGCAGAAGGAAGCUCUAUCAUUAAUGAUGUUUUUGAAUCGUACAAAGCAGCAAUUUAUCAAGUAGGAGGUGUAUCAAUCGAAUUAGCAGAUAAGAUAGUUGAAUAUAAACAUGCAAGGAAUGAUAUUACACAUAAGUCAAAGUGGAAUAUUGACCACCCAAAAACUACGGAUAAAGAAGCAAUGGAACGUAUUGAAAUGGCAGACAAACACCUAAAUAUGGACAACGAUCUAAAAAAAGGACUUGAAAACGUUUCGAAGUAUUUAUAUAAGAAAAAUGUUUAA